GUCCCGGCUAUUCAUCGUUAUACUGGAAAGACUGUCUACAUGGAGGGUACAGAGAUCCCAAUGACUGCCCAGUCUGUAGAUGCCCGGAUGGAUGGAGCGGAGACAUGUGUGACGUCAUCUCUCCACCAAUUUUAGAAAGCUGUGGCGGUGAGAUCGAUGUAACAACUACAGAAGAAUUCUUAUCGAACCCUGAUUAUGGAACGGGUCCAUAUACCAAAGACAGUGCGUGUACUUGGCUACUAAAAGCACCACCAGGAAGCCAGGUCCAGGUGCGAUUUGUAGAUGCCUUUGGUAUAGACCAUAGCGUUGGUGACGUAUGUUCAAUGGACUGGGUUGAAGUCCGUUAUGCGAGUCCUAACUACGUUGGACCAAGAUUCUGUGGCAGCGAGGCCCCAUCUGCCGUGAUCGAUUCAAUGUAUGGACAGAUGAUGGUUCUAUUCAGAACAAACGCUAGAUCUGAAAGUGAUACGCCAUCUUUUGAUACUGGCUUCAAGUUAGGGUAUAAACUAAUUGAAGGUAGCAAUGUCGAAGAUAUUCCAAAGCUUGAACUGAGUGGUAUCGGGAUAUGCCCAAAUCAGAAAUGGAGGGAAGGCAUAUACAUUAUCCGAGAAAGUAUUCGCUACAAUGGUUACCCAGUCUACAAGCACAUGGCCGAGUCUGAAUUUCUUUAUUUCAAGAAUAACGCCUGGGUCGUUGGGCCUGAAAUUGGCGGAGAUGACAUUGGUAUUAAAGUUAAUAGAGAGACAGGUAAUCUCGAGUGCUUUGAUGGUGACCAGUGGGUAGAGGAAGGAAAUCUUGCGUUAGAGGAAUCACAGUUGUGUAACACCAUUUGGGCAAGCGGGCUUGACAACACUGGUGAGAAUGCAGCCCUAAAUGGCAUGUAUACUAGAGGUGAAGAUGGCGUGUAUACCAAUGUAGAAGACACAACUAUCUCUGUAUAUAAAGAGGGUGUUGGUUGGAUAAUCAAUACGUCGGCUGGACAGUUAACAUAUGACUUCGGUUCAACAGAAAUUGAUCUUACACUUAUUCCAAAUACAUGGACUGUAGGCACGGAAAAUGUCAAGUUCGAAUGUUACUUUGGACCAAAACCAUGUGCGAGAUUAUUUUUGGACGGUAGUGAUUCGGACUUCAGACGUGGUAACAUGGGAUUCUACAGGCUUGAGGGAUCCUUGCACCAAAAGUACCCUCUGUAUGUUCAUGAGUUCGGUGAACGCUUUCUCUACCGUGCUGUAGUUGAUACCACAUCCAAGUUUUGGGCUAUGGGAAAAGGCCUGACUAGUUUCACAAGGGAAAUGCGAGUCUCAACGUCUGCACUUGUCCCUAGUGACAUCAGUCCAACUGAGAAAUGGGAAGAAACAGUUGACUGGCAAAACUGGAUAGAGAAAGACGUGACACUUCAGUGCGUAGAGCCUUCAGAUAAGCAGCCACCAUGUGACGAAAUAUUCCUAUCCAUAAAUGGGGAUUCUGGUGAUGUUCCCCAAAAAGGAAGACUUGGUCUCUAUAAAUUACAAGUUGAUGAAUACAAAAACCGACCAGUUUAUGCGACCAUCGGGAAUACAAACUUCUUAUACUACACAGAAUAUGGCGAUUGGUAUAUUGGAACUAUGAUAGGUUCUGAUUCGCGUGGAGUAACGUUUAAACAAUCCGUCGUUUAUCCACAAGAACUAACUGUAACGCCAGAGGGCUUCGGUGCUAAUGGUUGGGCGCCCAUGACGGGAGUCGGUUUUACUUGUUUAAAACGUAGUUCAACGUGCGAGUCAAUAGGAGUUACAUCUUCUGCCUCGUCUUUUGAAGGAACCUGGUCAAAAACUUCAGAGCUGAAUGACGAACGGCCAGCCUAUAAACAUGAUAAUGCCAACUUUUACAUGUAUUACCUUGCAACGUAUAAACGCUGGAAUAUUGGUCAAAAAAUUGGGGAUACUUCAAUUUAUGCGCUUGCAUCUAGUAUAGCCAUGAGCCCUACAGAUAUAGUUCCUACUUGGGAAAGAUUUGGUGCAUCUGGUUGGGAAGAGGACUCUAAGUUUAGAGUCAUAUGUUUAGACCCAACAACAACUACGACAACAAC